AUGGAGGAUGGUGAAAAUAAGGAAGAAAUUAUCGAAGGGUUAGAGAACAGAAAAGCAAAAACGCGAAAAGGAAAUAUAAUUUUAAAAAAACGAAUAGAAGGAGAAUUACAUGAAGGGUCUAAAAAUUGUCUAUUCAUAAGUAGCAACAAAAGAACAGAAGAGCUAAGAAAUUUUAUGCAAGAUUUAUAUAACAUACAGAAACCUUUGACAUGUUAUAUGCCAAAGUUACAUACAAAUUUAGCAGAUAUUUUAACAAAAUUAAAUGAUCUUGUUGAUAUAUGUAUACAUAAUAGUUGUUCUUUUUUUUUUUCCAUUUUUUCAACAAAAAAAAAACCAUCCAGAUUUCUACUUGGCAGACUAUACAAUAACAAUUUGUUUGAUUAUUACGUCUUCUCAUUACUUUCUUACAUUCCCAUUAGUUUAUUUUCAAAUUCCAGAAAUAUUUUAUGUGAUACAAAACCAAUCGUCCUGAUUCAGGGUACAUAUUUUGAUCAAAAUGAAAUUACAAGAAAUUUAAAAAAUGUCUUAUUCGAUUUUUUUAAACACAGGAAUGUCGAUUCUGUCAGUACUGCUGGUGUGCACCGGUUAAUUGUAAUCAGUGCAUGCGAGGCAACUGCUGCCCCCAAAGUCAGUGCAAAGGAAGUGAAUGAAUCAGAAGUUGGUACAGACCAAGUGAACAAGCCAAAAGUUGAUCAGGCUAACCGCACCGUGGACGGACAAACACCACACAUCAUGUUCUUUCGACAGUAUCUUCUCAAGAAAGAAAUUUUUCUGUUAUCAACAGAAGGUGAUUUAUCUCCUCUCGAAGAAAUCGGACCCCGUUUCGAAUUCGUGCUUGAGAAUUGCCAAGUAGCAGAUUAUCAUUUAUUUCAAGAAGCAACAAAAAAUGUACAUGUAGAAUUAUCAAAAAAAAGGAAAAAGAAAUUGAAGAAGGUGAAGAUAGAUGAAUUUGGAAAUAGUAUUAAAAAGGUUUAUGUGCAGAAACAGAAUUUUGAAAAAUUACACACAAGACAUACAAAACUUCUCAACCGAGUGAAGAAGGUGCAAGAACGCCGAGUGUGA